AUGUCGAUGAACGAGAAACGCCAUUCCCACAUCACCAUAACUUCUCGAACUGCAAGUUCACCCGCGCCGGACCGUGCAGCGCUUGAUCAACGAUUGCAGCGCCUCUCUGACGAGGUCCUGCCGCCUGUCCCUUAUCUACUCACUUUCCCGACAAAAACCCCCUUUAGCUUGGGAGAUCGGCCGUCUAACAAUUGGGCUGUAGGGCAUGACAGACCCUUCAGCUUGGAUGAGCAGCAACUACAAUAUAUGACCUUUUUGACCCACCACGACACCGAUUCAUUACUACUGGCCGUUGGGGACUGGUCGGACGAGACAGGUCGCAUGAUGGCUGAUCGACCGAGGGCGCCAAGCGCCGGGGACAGUUCAAGAGAAACCGUGGCGAAGAAGAAGAUCAGCCUCAAGGACUACAAGACUCAAGAGACCAGUGGCGCUGUCGCAUCCCCCAUGGGCCUUGAGGCUGGUAGCCGAGGCGCAUCAAACUCCACCAAAUCCGAAGAGAGACCACAUACCACAACUUCGGACCUAGCCAAGAGUAGCGACGGAACCAGAUUGCCUAGAAUUCCACCGAAAGCGCAUCCGAAUCUCUCUCCCGAAAAACCGGGAAUGAAACGGCCGUCUAGCUCGGAACUUGAUUUCAGCACUUCGGGGUGCAAAAAGCCGGAAGCAUAUCCCACCAAGAAACCGCGACUAUCUCCCGAGAAAGAGGUCCGCCAUGAUUCCAGUCCUUCGAAGUCGCAUACACCCAAGUUACCGGCACUCCUGUCGCCCACUCUCCCACCAACGUCGGGUGGCCCUCGACUUCCACGGUUGCUGUCUCCUACCCUUCCCCCGGACAUCGAAAAGGAAUUGGCCCGUCUUGAGGACCGAUCGCCGCCUCGUAGUAGUCGAGCAGAAAAGACAUUGCCCGCGAGAGACUCAAGUGCCCAUGAACACUUGAACGACCAUCCCCGUGCCAAUAUACAACGAGCGCAGCUUAUCACUAAACUGCGCUACGGUAGAGCAAAUCGGAAACGUGUUGAAGCUUUGCUCAAAUUUUCUGGUAAAAGGAAAGCGCAUCGGUCAGAUUCACUGAUCAGCCAGGAUACCGACCGAGAUGAUGUUUCUAACUCUAGAAAGAUGGGUGAAGAUGAUGGUUCAUCGCGCUUGAACCCCUCACUCGCGGAUUCGAAAAGCAAGAAGCAUGAAAGCGAUGGAUCUCUCGGCGCCCAGGGCUAUCGCACCAAAGAGCUGAAAGGACUACCCGAAAAGCCUCGAACGCCAGUACCUCAACCACCUCUGACCUCCCAUUCAAUCGCACAUGACAAGGUCAAAGUGACUGCUGACACGCCGAUGAAAAAUUUGAAACCCCCUUUCUCUCGACGAACCGAUAUUGGAGAGGUUGAUUCCAAAGCUCCUCAUCCCGCCAACAAACGUCAUUACGUUGAUCCUGGGUCAGUCACAAAAGCUUCUCCAACGCAAGCAGAGAGUCGCACGCGCAAUGAACGGCAAAUUUGGUGGGAUGAGUGGCAAAGAUUUGCAACAAUUGGUCGGGAAUUGAAACAUGCAGCGGAACGGCAUACCUCCAGGAAAGGAACCUCGGCCACUGAUGAAAAGCUGGCUGUUGUGACUGCCAUUGAGGCGUUGCUGUCCUUUAUCAUGGCAUUUGUGGCGAACGAUCAGGCUAAGGCGUUAUCACGCCAGGUUGGAGAUUCCUCUACAUGGCUGUCUAUUGUACCAUACUGGCGCGUGGUCAAGAAGAACAGUGUGCCCUACCCGGCCUUGAACAGUCUUUGCUUGCUGCUUGGAGCUAUCUCCUUCACUGCCAUCCACUCUCUCGACCUCGAACGCCUUGCCAUCAGCCCAAUUCCUGGGGAGCACACCCCAGUUCCCACGCCUGGGAGCGAUGGCAACGCAGCCAUGUCGGAUGAGAACAAAAGAAGCAGGAAGGAGUUCUCGGAACUCAAAACCCGUCUUCCUGAGUUCUACAAAGAUUCCCAACGACUGUGGCUAGAGGGCAGCCGGGGUCUCUCUGAAGAUGUUCUUGGCCAUGAGUUUCCCACGGUCUGGUCUCAACGAUCUCGAAAUUAUUCCGAACGAGGCCGAUCAUCCCUCAAGGCUGGCGACUAUGCCGGAAGCUAUUUUCUACCACUUUGUGGCACUACUCCGCCCAUUGAAGUAGUUCGUUUCGGCUGGUCCCUCCUCAAAGAAUGGUGCUCGAAAGAACGGGUGGAAUGGAAUGGACGUCUCGGUCUUUAG